UUCAUUUCUUUCCUCUGUUUUCUUUUUAGGAAGUAUUACGUAAAAGAAGUCUACAAAGUGAUACAAAAAUCAGACCCCGGAAAUGGCGAUCGGUUUUUGUUGGAUCUUGAACUUGGUUUAAUGCAUGACCCAUUGAAUCGAUCAAUUCGCUUUGUACAACACGUGUACCAUAGAAACGGAAGUGAUAUAUUGUGCCAUCCUGAAGGAAUGAACUGGAACAGCAGCGCCACAGUGUAUUUUAUCCUCGCUGUCAAGGAUCAAGGACUAUGGGUGCAGCAUUUCAUCAAACAGCUCACCAUUGCGAGCUUAUUAACCGGUGACACGAACUUUCACGUCAUAAUCGCUGAUUUUCAAAGUAAAGAUAUUAACAUGAGCGAGGCGUUUAGCACAUCACUACUCCGAAGUAGGCAUACUAUCAUUAAUUUAAUGGGAAAAUUUUACAGGACUCUUGCCUUAAACAAAGCAGCCGAAGCAGUGCCUAAUGCGCAUGACAUACUUUUCGUGUUUGACCUUCACAUAGAUGUGCCUGCAGACAUCAUGGACAGCGUUCGAAAGGUUAUUCUAUUCAUAAUACCCACUCUCUGAUCUGUCUUCUCAUUCGUUAAAAGUCUUCAGUUAAUUUUAGAAAUCAGCGCAACCUAAAGGUACGGAAAAACGGACAACAAAAAACAUGCAACUUGUCCUCUGUAACAUUGCUACAAAAUGAGUUGAAGGGCCAUGUUGGGCGUUUUACAACCCACAUGAAACCUGUCUUGCAACAAAUAAGGCUGUUAACAGGUUUGAACAAGCGUGGUAAAACGCGCAACAUCGCUAUUCAAUCGUCUGCAGCAAUGUUGCAAAACGAGUUGCACGUUAUUGUUGCCCGUUUUACCGAAGCUUAAAGAUUUAUCUGCUAGCAUGUGGCGGAUUGACUAAUCUGUAGGUUGUUUGCGCAAUGCAUGAUGUCAAUCUGUGUUCCGUGUGACCGUUAGUCUGCUACAUAGCCGUUUUUAGUGUCGUUACGCAACGCUUCACACCAAAAACACUAUACAUUUUUAAAAUGACGGAGCAUAAUAUCUUCUUUAAACUGCCCUAAGGACAACCAGUAUCAAAUUCCACCUUGUCAUUCCAACGCUUUAUAAAACAGAGUAAAAAAUAGGAAAUAGCAGUUAUCGAACCCAGUCCCUUCGGCUCCGAAGGUCAAGCGUUUCUCCACGUACGAAGAUGAUAGAAAGGACCUUACAAAUUCAUUCAUUCAUUCAUUCAUUCAUUCAUUCAUUCAUUCAUUCAUUCAUUCAUUCAUUCAUUCAUUCAUUCAUUCAUUCAUUCAUUCAUUCAUUCACUUAAGCCAGUAAGCUCAAAAACAAUUGUUAGAUUCGGUUUUUGUGAUUUGCAGAAUAAUCAAGGUCGAGGAAGUUAUAUCAUCCGAGACCUUUGGCUGAUAACACUUACCUCGAACUUGAUUAUUCCGGAUAUCACAGAAACCUCAUCCAGUAAUUGUCUCUAACUAGUUGACUUCCCUUUUCCUUCAUUAGCCACAAAACUGGUGUAGUCUGCGUCACGGAUGACGUUCAUAUGUAAUUUAACCUCGGUUAGUAACGUCUGCGAAGCAGCGCCGGUAUCCAUAUUCUGGGAACUGGGCACCCAGCGGACUCAACGAAUUACCGGAAGUGCGUCUCGAAUUUCCUUUCAACCUGAUUGGCAAAUCGACAAUCAUGGCGCGUACUCAAAUCCUGAAACACAGCUGGAGACCCUGCCUCGUACCCAGUCGCUCGCGAUCUUUUUUGAGGGAUAUUUGAGAAAGCGCUCGUUCGUUCCCAGCAUCCCCCGUUUCCCCCUUGUCUCCAGCUCUCGCGUGUUCCCCAAUCCCCACUUAGCCUUGGGAAAACCUGUGGAGGAGGCAGGCUGGAGACCCGAAACAAGGAUUUUGGUGCUGUUUCGCAGACGCACUCAACCAAGGUUUAGUUUCCUCUUUGGUGAAGGCUAAACUGGUGCCAAGUGUAAAGCUAAGAUCACCAUUCAUACCUCAGAGAAAGGCUCCUUGAAAAAGAUUGAAACAAUGAAAUCAAAUCGUAGUAAAUAUUAUCUCUCCUUCUCCUUAGAACACUAUUGCAGGUCGUAUGGUUUAUUUCCCGGCAGUUGGCCGCCUAGAUCAAGGAAGUAAUUCUGUGGAACAUCGAGGUUUCUGGCAAAUGGAUGGGUACGGACUAGUGGCGAUGUAUAAAUCAGAUUGGAUAAGAGUAGGAGGUAAGACUAAAAUAAUUUAUCCUUUGCCGAAACUAGGGUAAAGCAUUUUCUCACACCAGAAUAGAAAGAGAAACUGUAACGUCAUCUUACCACGGUAGCAAAAUUUGUGGGUCACAACAAUAGCGAGUUGUUGCUACCAUGGCAUCGUGUCGUAACGGCUUCUCCUCUCUAUUAAGAAGAGGCAUUCGUCACUUUACAAACGAGAGGAAAACUGGGCCCAGUGAACUUUCGCAAAGACUUGAAGGACCGCUACCAGGGACAAGGGAAAAAACCGGCCCGUACCCAGUAACAAUUGCCGUGUUACAGUGAUACGGGCAUCCCCUUCUCAUAUAGAGAGAAGUGUGACGUCACGUUACCAUGGUAGCAAAAUUUUUGGAUCACAAGUUCACAACAAUAGGAAGCUUAAGUAACGACGACGGUGACAGCAACGAGAACAGCCAAAAAGUAAUAAGUUUAGAUAAAAAACAACAACUUUACACGUGCAUCACGCUUUUUUGUACAUUUCUUAACCGUCGUUACACGAAUACGACGUGAAACUUCCGUAAUUUCACGCGCCCACUUUGUAAAGUAGGUGAACACAACGCAUUUUUUAUUUUUUCUUUUUCUUAACCUAAAUACGGUCCUCUUGGAUUCAACCCCAGAAAAUUUAGCCAACAUUUGACAAAAUUGAUUGAAACUAAAUAAGAUCGAUGAAGUCUUAAACGACGCGAAUUCACUUUUUAAGUGACGUUUAUCGGUUUGUUGUCAUCCAGAAAUUUUGCUACCAUGGCAACGUGACGUAACGAGUUCUCCUCUUUAUUACCUUAGCGAUCUGGGUCAGGGUUAGGGCUAGGUCGUACUGCGUCACGAAAUUCCAUCAAAUUUGGACCAAAUGUUGGAAGCUGAAGAUUUCUCUACCUCUAGGACAUCUUUUUGUCUCGCUUUUACGCUCAACUGAAAGUAACAAUCACGAAUUAUGGAAUAUCGGUUUCAUAGAAAGACAUCGUUCCUGCUUUUUGGACUGAUAUUAGCUGCAUCUGUUUUAUUUUCUUUUCACACCUCGAACAUUUUAAUAUUUUUUUACUAUUUUUGUUUCCUUCUUGUUUUCACUGCGCAUGUGUGUUCAACUAGGAAUGAAUACUAAAGACUACAAAUACAAGUGGGGCGGAGAAGACUGGGAUCUACUCGACCGCGUGUUAAUGGCGUCACUUGAAGUAGAGCGAAACAAGCACCCAGGCCUCUAUCAUCACUACCACCCCCCCAAAAAGUGGAAUUAG